GCCUCCGCACGUCUGUGCCGGGAUAUGGCCGCUGCCGGUACUGGGUCCUUGAGCUGAGCGCCGGCUGCGGAAGAUAACCGCCGUCGUCAACCGACCGCACGGGCCGGGCCCAGGCGCCGGGACGGCGAAGAGCCGCCCAGGAAGCGGAGGCCGCCGUAGGACGCCGCCGCGGCGGGCGCAUGGCAUCCAUCUUGCUCAGGAGCUGCCGCGGCCGGGGCCCUGCCGGCCUCGCGCCGCCCCGCGCCACCUCCCCGCAGGGUAGUCUGAGAGAUCGAGCUUGUCUCAGUUGUACCAGGACCUUGGGGUUGAUAAGCCAUGAGAAAGUUCUAUCUCGCUGUUGUAUUCCAGCCAACCCUGUGUACCUCUGCUUCAAAGGUGAGCCCCUCAGCUGUUGGACUCAGAGGCCUGAGUGCCAGGGCACCAUUGCAAGGGCAACAUGGACACCUGCCUCUGCAAGAUUGCUUGUCACAGGACCUCAGUACCUUCCUGUGCGCAGCUGGCACUCGUCACCUUCCCUGGGAGAAGACUCUAUGAUCGAGAAGUCCCUUAAGUCCUUAAAGGACAAAAAUAAGAAGCUGGAGGAGGGUGGCCCUGUGUACAGCCCUCCAGCUCAGGUGGUGGUGAAGAAGUCCCUGGGGCAGAAGGUACUGGACGAGCUGAGGCACUAUUACCAUGGCUUCCGCCUGCUCUGGAUCGACACCAAGAUAGCUGCCCGCAUGCUGUGGCGCAUCCUCAAUGGUCACACACUGACUCGCCGGGAGCGCAGGCAGUUUCUCCGAAUUUGUGCUGACCUCUUCCGCCUAGUGCCCUUCCUGGUGUUCGUGGUUGUGCCCUUCAUGGAAUUCCUGCUGCCUGUAGUUGUAAAGCUCUUCCCCAACAUGCUGCCGUCCACAUUUGAAACCCAGUCCAUCAAGGAGGAAAGGCUGAAGAAAGAACUUCGGGUAAAACUGGAGCUAGCCAAGUUUCUCCAGGACACCAUAGAGGAAAUGGCCCUGAAGAACAAGGCAGCCAAGGGGAAUGCCACCAAAGAUUUCUCUGCAUUUUUCCAGAAGAUCCGGGAGACAGGGGAGAGACCCAGCAAUGAGGAAAUCAUGCGUUUUUCCAAAUUAUUUGAGGAUGAACUGACCCUGGAUAACCUCACGAGGCCUCAGCUGGUAGCACUGUGCAAGCUGCUAGAACUUCAGUCCAUUGGCACCAACAACUUCCUGCGUUUCCAGCUCACCAUGCGGCUGAGGUCCAUAAAGGCUGAUGACAAACUGAUUUCUGAGGAAGGAGUGAACAGUCUGAAUGUCAAGGAAUUGCAGGCAGCAUGUCGAGCACGAGGCAUGCGAGCCCUUGGCGUCACAGAAGACCGUUUGAAGGACCAACUGAAUCAGUGGCUGGACUUGCACCUGCAUCACGAGAUCCCCACGUCACUGCUCAUACUGUCCCGGGCCAUGUACCUCCCAGACACCCUCUCACCUGCUGACCAGCUCAAGUCCACUUUGCAGACCCUUCCAGAAAUCGUGGCCAAGGAAGCUCAGGUGAAAGUGGCAGAGGUGGAAGGCGAGCAAGUAGACAACAAGGCAAAGCUGGAGGCCACACUGCAGGAAGAGGCUGCCAUCCAGCAGGAGCAACUGGAAGAGCUGCAGAGGGCUGCUAAGGCGGUGAAGGACAUCCAACCAGAAGUAGUAGAAGCCACCAUUCCUGGGAAGCCAGGGGCCGAGCUUCAGCCCGAAGUGCCUGAUGUGAUGAUCCUGUCCUCAGAGACACUGAAGGAUACGGCGCCUGUGCUGGAAGGUUUGAAGGGAGAAGAGAUAACCAAGGAGGAAAUUGACAUCCUCAGUGAUGCCUGCUCUAAGAUAAAGGAACAGAAGAAGUCCCUGACCAAGGAGAAGGAGGAGCUGGAGCUGCUGAAAGAGGAUGUCCAGGACUACAGUGAGGACUUACAGGAGAUCAAAAAGGAGCUUUCAAAGACGGGUGAUGAGAACUACAUCGAAGAAUCCAAAGCUAGCAAGAGGCUGACAAAGCGAGUCCAGCAGAUGAUCGGGCAGAUUGAUGGCCUAAUUGCACAGCUGGAGACGAGUCAACAGAAUGGCAAUCUGGGCCCCCAGGAGAGAUCUCCAGCAGGGGAGAGUGUCAUCAGUGUCAGUGAGCUCAUCAGCGCCAUGAAGCAAAUCAAGCACAUUCCAGAACACAAGCUGAUCAGUUUGGCCUCAGCCCUGGAUGAAAAUAAGGACGGCAAUAUCAACAUCGAUGACCUUGUUAAGGUAAUCGACUUGGUGGACAAAGAAGAUGUUCAGAUCUCCACCACCCAGGUAGCCGAAAUUGUGGCCACAUUAGAGAAGGAAGAAAAGAUUGAAGAAAAGGAAAAGGCCAAGGAAAAGGCUGAGAAAGAGGCCGCAGAAGUGAAGAAUUAAAACUGCCUGGCUUUUGGCCCCACGGGGUCUGCCUUCAUCAUGCUACACCAACCACAGUGGGGUGACACAAGAGUGAUUGCUUUGAGGGGAUUCUUAGUGGCAAAUCUAAUAUUUUGUCUGGAAUAAAUCAGAAGCUUCCAUAAUCAAGCAAUUUUUAAUUUUCAUCAUUCCAUGAAGAUUCAGUCAGGCUGAAGCCUUAGAGCCCUCUGGGUGAUUGUGUCUGGACUCAUGUCAUGGUGUGGUACUAAAUAGCCCUAACCGUUGGGUUAAGGGUACAGCCACAAGUAGGAUCAUAGCCUUACACUGACCCUAGCUCCAAAGGUAGCUUGGGCCAGCUAGGUAGGAAGGCAUUUCCCUAUGUAUGUCCUUACUUGCUCAGGGUCUGACCAAGCCUGUCCCUUGAGAGGAGAGUGAGAACCACCUGUGUGGAGCCAAGUGGCUGUGCCUGCCUUUCCUCAGAGGCCUUGGGAUAGGAACUAGAGAGACACAAAUGCAGACCUCCUCUGCUCUGAAGACACUGGAGUCCGUCUAGGAACUUGAAACGCAGUGUACACAGAUCUGUAUGCUCACACCUCUACAGUUGUGUCUUAACUACUGGUCCCCGACAGCAGUGUCUGUCUUGUGUGGAUUUUGAAGCAUGUUGACUGGAAUAUUCUCAAUUUACCAUUGAUCUCCACCUAACUCUUUAACUGACUAGUACUGAAUUUCCACACAUGACCAUCCGCCUAGUUCAUGAGUAAUACCUUAAUUAGUGAGUGACACACACUGAAGAAGCCUUUGAAACUGACAUCUUUUCUACUGGGCAAUCCACAUUGCUGAGUCGGCUUCAGGGACGGAGCUGACAUCUGCAUCCUGAAUAUACCUGGGGUUCUAUGUGGCUCUUAACAUAAAAUUUAAAUCCUAUCACAGGACAGUGGCCAAGAUGGGCUUCACAAGGGUGUCUCAGCGUGUUGCAGACUCAAGCUUCUUUAGCACAAAUGCUCAUGGCUGUGCUCCUGCCACCAAGCAGUGAGGAAGUAGUCCUGUGGUACCUCAGAGCUUUCAGCCUAGUGUUCUCUGUCUGCUAAUGGCUCACUGGCACCCCUCUGAGGAGAGCCUGCACUAGCUCAGAGUCCAGAGCUCUUUGCUUAGUGGCCAGCAACCUUUCUUAUUUGGAGAUGGCUCCUUGAUCAGGCCAGAGUGGGGUAUCCUGUGGCCUCACCCCCACCCUCCCAGUGUAACUCCAUCCUAGGAGCACAGAGAGCAAGAUCUUGAGUUCAGCUUGGGCAAUUAGCAAGACUGUCCAGAAAAAAAAAAAAAAACCUGUCUUGGGACUCCAGACAGGAUUUGGAAGAUGUACAGAGGAGCAACUAGAAUGGAACCUUCUCAGUUUCUUGAAACUUUUGUCUUAAAGGAAGCACGUGAUGCUAACAAGAGUAAGAUAAUUCUCACAUGUAAACCUGUUCAGAAUUAGCAGUGGAAGGAGCCUAGUAAAUGUAUGGUCACAUCUGUGAACCCUGGUGUACCCAGCAGCCUAGUUCCAGCUGUCAGUGUAUACUUCUGAGAACAAGAUUGUGGUUGUCAAAUGUGUCCCCACAGUGGAGGGUCUGUCCAAUAAGCAGCAUUCUGGAGCCGGUCCUGUGUCUACCUAUUGUCUUUAUCCUUAUUGUAUUACUGGGCACUGUCAGUGACCCUGUGUUAGCUGUUGCUGGCUUAGGUAUUUUCUGCUGUCCUGCUACUCUAGACUCUGCCCUCACAGGUCACCAUGUCCCUGGAAGUGUGGGUUCACCCUGUGAGGUUGUCCGGCCUUAGCACACACAUGUGCUUGAGGGUCUAGCAGUGGGUGCUUGCUUUGGUUUUUGGAACUAUCUCCACAUCUGCUUGUUUCAUUGCUUGACUUUAGUACAGCUGGGUCAGGGUUAGAAAUGGCAACCUUCAGUGGUGGUGGCGAACACCUUUAAUCCCAGCACUCCAGAGGCAGAGACAGGUUGAUCUCUGGGUUCAAGGGCAGCCUGGUCUAAAGAGCAUGUUCCAGGACAGCCAGGGCUAUACAGAGAAACCCUGUCUUUCUUAAACUACCACACCACCACCACCUCCUCCUCCCAAAAAGAAAAAGAACUACCAGGCUCAUGACUGAGGACUGUAAAUGAGCUCAGUAUUUGGAAGCUGGCUGUGUUCAACUGUCGUAACUGCUGUGUACCUCAGUGCUUGCCCAGGGGGCAGAUGUCCACACCUGUUAAAUGAAGCUAGGGUUUAUGACACAGGUAUCUUGUGUUCUCUCCAUUCUGAACCACCUCUGACACAGGACUUGGGAAGUUGGAGUCUGAAAUCCAGGCUCCUUUUGGACUGUCAGCAUAAAUAAGGGCACCAUGCAGUUCUGAAAACAUCCUCAUAGCCUUAGGCUGUGUCUCCUGGGACCAUAGUAGAGGAACAAGUUCUGUAUCCUCUUGUGACUUCCAGGGAUCCCAGAGCCUCCAGCUGUGUCACAUUUAAACAUCUUCCAUGUCCAUGUAACAGCCCAAAGGGAUACUUCUGAGUCCUGAGCAAUCUGACUAGCCAAGAAAUGGAAGGGAAGCUCAGGCCACCCUAAGCUAAUGACUGUGCUGUGGGCACCAGGUGUGCUCAGAUUUUAGAGGGACUUUGCCUUCCCCUCAGCCCUCAGUGAGUGCCAGCUCACCUUCAGGGGCUUGAGCCUUGGUUCCAGGCUCUUGCCUUGUGGGACCUAUCUGAGGAGAUCUGUACCCCUCACCCUGGUACAGCCCUGGUUUGUGGAGUCUGACAAGCAAGUAUUUCUUAAGACUACAGGCUGACAGGGCCCUGUGAGACUGGCAGGCUGCCUGGAAUGAUGUUCUCUAAACAACUUGAUGUAAGGAGGUGACUGAAUAAAGUGCCACUGUUGACUUGUC